UGCAACUAUGCAAAGAUUUGGCGGGAAGCAUAAUACUAACCAACCGACCGACCGACCUCCACCCCAACCUCCCUCACCCAACGCUAGAAGACCCUUCAUGUACAAGAGAUUAACACCCUUCAACCCCCACAAAAAAACUCCCUUCACAUUCACAGGAGCCAUUCUUGCUCCUUAAUCCUGCAGCUGCCCUCCUGCACUUAGCCUCUAAUCGCGCUCUGUCAAUUCAAAGGUCAUACAAUACUGUCCCUGCUGCUUCAAUGGGAGAUCCAGGAUCCAAGCCAGUCUCAGCUUCGAGACUCAUCGUCAGUAUUUGCCUCCUAAUCCUUGCUCUGGAACGCCAGAUACUUGCAGCGACAGACGAGAAUGCAGGGACAUACCCAGGAGACCUGGAAGCUUGCAAGACCGAUCUCACAAGCUUUCUCCCUCCACCCUACCAGAACAUGUCCUACCCAUCUUGCAUGUCCGUCUGGAACAACUUUAUUUUGCGGUACUACCAGAGUAAGGAUGACUUACUCACUAUUGUGUUAUCUGCGGAAUACACCACUGGGUGGGUCGGGAUCGGAUUCUCCAGGGACGGAUUCAUGGUGGGCUCCAGUGCAAUGGUAGGAUGGUUCAAUAAGAAAGGUCAAGCCAAGGUGAUGCAGUACUACUUGCAAGGAACUGUACCAUCACAAGUCAUGCCUGGGAAGGGAGAACUGCCACUUAGUGGCGUUCCUGCUGCACUUGCUCUCCACGGGGCUUCAAUUUACUUGGCAUUUCAGCUGAAGCUCACCAAACCCCUUCUUAGGCAACCAAUUAUUUUGGCCUUCGGGUUUACAUACCCGAAACACCAUAGGUUAACCCAUCACGAUGAUAAAACAACAAUAAUCAUCAACUUCAAUGCAGGUUCCAUGUCUUUUGCUGCAAAAGGCAUGAGCUCAAGAAAGAAAAGCCAUGGAAUAUUGGGCAUGCUAGCAUGGGGCCUGAUUCUUCCCACGGGGGCAAUAGUUGCUAGAUACUUCAGGCAUAAAGAUCCCCUUUGGUAUUAUCUACACACAGUCAUUCAACUUGUGGGAUUCAUAAUUGGACUUGGAGCUGCAGUGCUCGGAGUUCAGCUUUACAAUGAAUUUCAUCCCGACAUUGCAGCACACAGAGGAAUUGGAAUUUUCAUCCUCGUGCUCACUAUUCUUCAGGUAUUAGCCUUCUUUCUACGGCCUAACAAGGAUUCCAAAAUUCGCAAGUACUGGAAUUGGUACCACAACUGGUUUGGAAGACUUGCCCUCUUCUUUGGAGCUGUAAAUAUAGUGUUGGGUAUCCAAGUAGGAGGAGCAGGUAGUCAAUGGAAGAUAGGCUAUGGCUUUCUUGUUGGCACAAUAAUGGCCAGUGUAACUGUUCUUGAAGCAUUACUAUGGAUGAGGAGUUCCGGCAAGGCCGAUUUAUCAUCAGCCUUCCAGAUGAAUCCUGUUGAUCAGGCUCCGCCAAGUACUUUUAUCAAAGGUUGAACGUGAGGGAUGUUGAACUUUGCUUAUGGCGAUGCUGGGAUGGUGCAUGUUGGGUUUCAAGCCUUGUCCUGAACCCUCAACCUCCUUCAAAGAGAUUAUGCAUGUGAGAGUAUGUGCAUUUUGUAAUGGAAAAGGAAAAGAAAAUCAGUAGCAGGUUCUUGUUUACCCAGACUGGAGCAUUUCAAAAAGCUUGAGACAUAGGCGAACAUUAGGGCACUAAUAGCAUAUCAAUUUUCACAAUGUGUAAGUAAGAUUUUUGCCAGAUUAUCAUAUUUCUUCUCGGAAAA